UGUUUCAUAGUUUCGUGAACCAUCGGAUCGGAUGAUCACAGAGAGACAGAGAUAGGAAUGUUUGGAUGCAGCAGAUGUCUUUAUUGGAACAAUCUCAGAGAGUUACCACCAUUGAAGACACCUGAAACCUUCUCUCUCCCUUCUUCCAUUCCCCACUGGCCUUCAGGUCAAGGCUUUGGUUCAAGAAGAAUCAAUCUUGGUGAUAUAGAAGUCGCUGAGAUCACAAGUUUUGAAUUCGUAUGGCGGUACUGCUCUCGUCGGGACAGUAAGAAGAGUGUUUCUUUCUACAAACCGGACAAAUUACCCGAAGGUUUCCACUGUUUAGGUCAUUACUGUCACUCUGAUUCUCAUCUCUUACGAGGUUUUCUUCUUGUAGCAAGACAAGUCAAGUCUUUGGAAUUUAGAGAGCCUGCACUUGUGCAGCCACUUGAUUAUACACUGGUCUGGAGCUCAAAUGAUUUAUCCGAAGAACGUCAAAGCGAAUCGUGCGGUUACUUCUGGUUACCGCAGCCUCCUCAAGGGUAUAAACCGAUCGGAUUUUUGGUUACAACGAGUCCUGUAAGACCUGAAUUGGAUCAAGUUAGAUGCGUUCGCGCUGAUCUGACCGAUCAAUGUGAAGCGCAUAAAGUUAUCAUCACCGGUAUAUCUGAUUCUUUACAAGUUCCUCUGUUUAUAUGGAAAACAAGACCUUUGGACCGAGGGAUGUGGGGCAAAGGAGUAUCAACAGGUACAUUCUUCUGCACAACUCAGUCCCCGGAAGAAGAUCAUCUCCGUACCAUCGCUUGUUUGAAAAACCUCGAUUCGAGUUUACACGCAAUGCCAAACAUCGAACAAAUCCACGCGUUGAUCCAACACUAUGGUCCGAGAGUUUACUUCCAUCCUAACGAAAUCUAUCUACCUUCUUCUGUCUCAUGGUUCUUCAAGAACGGCGCGGUUCUGUGCAGCUCUGAUAUCAUCAACGAACCUAUUGACGAAACAGGCUCGAAUCUACCUCACGGCGGAACCAACGAUAAGCAGUUUUGGCUCGAUUUACCGAUAAACGAUCAACAAAGACGCGAAAAACUCAAACGAGGCGACCUCGAAAGCUCGAAGCUUUACGUCCACGUUAAGCCAGCAUUUGGAGGAACGUUUACUGAUCUUGCGUUUUGGAUAUUUUGUCCAUUCAACGGACCAGCGACUCUGAAACUAGGGCUUAUGAAUCUCUCGUUAGCUAAAACUGGUCAACACGUUUGUGAUUGGGAACAUUUCACACUCAGAAUCAGUAACUUCUCCGGCGAGCUCUACUCUAUUUACUUAUCUCAACACAGUGGCGGCGAAUGGAUCGAACCUCAAGAUCUUGAAUUCGUAGAAGGAAGUAACAGAGCUGUGGUUUACUCUUCCAAGCAUGGUCACGCGAGCUUUGCUAGGUCAGGGAUGUAUUUACAAGGAUCUGAUUUGCUUGGGAUUGGGAUAAGAAACGAUACAGCGAGAAGUGAUUUGUUUGUUGAUUCGAGUUUGAGGUAUGAGAUUGUGGCGGCGGAGUAUCUCGGCGGAGUGGUGGUGGAGCCGCCGUGGCUAGGUUAUAUGAGAGAGUGGGGACCGAAGAUUGUGUAUGAUUCGAGAACGGAGAUUGAGAAGUUGAAUGAACGAUUGCCGUGGAGGUUAAGGUCUUUGAUUGAUGCUGUGUUGAGGAAGCUUCCGGUGGAAUUAUCCGGCGAGGAAGGACCGACGGGACCGAAGGAGAAGAAUAAUUGGUUCGGCGACGAGAGAUGGUGAAUUUUUAAAAAUGGGCUUACGGUACCUCAUUAAUGGGCCUAUAGUAAUUUAUUUCUCAGGCCCAUAACAACUUAAACCUACUCGUGUGUCGAACGUUUCUUCUCUUAUGAUCCGAUGAAGUGACUAUGCAUUUUAUUAUACUUUAGUUUCGAAAAGUA